CUCGUAACUACACCUUUUUUAGGGUUUGAGAUUCUCUGUUUACUUUCCUAACACUUUUCCCUCUUUUUCAAAUAAAAAAAAAAAAAAAAAAGAUGUUCUUUUAAUAUAAUGCUAAAACUGCGUUCUUUUCUUGAAUUCUGAGAAAAUCCAUGAUCGUCGUCUUCAACAAAUGGACCCAUCUUCAAUCCAAGACGACGAGUGGGACACUGAAGGAUAUGUAAUUCCAAGCUUGGAACUUGAAGAUCCUGGCCAAAAUAAUACUAACAUUGUUGAAGUUGAAGAGUCAAAGACGUCUUCAGCUGAGUCUAAGAAAGAGGAGAAUAUAUACCUUGGACCUCACGGUGCCCCUCCUUCACAGUCAAAGCAACAGGAACUCAAUUCUACUAAUAAUCGCAAGCAGAAGUUUAGACAGAAACUGAAGGAAGCCGACAGGAAGUACAGCGGAAGUGGUCGCGAGAAUAAGGUGGAACACCUGAGAGAGCUUGUCGGUGGAAAAAUGGCAGCAGGAUCAAAGGGUGCCCCCAGGGAUUGGCUUGACCCUCAUUGCGAUGAGAAUAUGUUCCAAAGGAACCAUCGUUAGCGUAUCUGUACUAAACACAUCCAUAAUUUACAUAUUCUUAAGGAAAAACCCCUCCCCGCUUCAGUAAGUUUUCCUUUCGGAGGGAAAAGAAAAACUUUGACAGAAGAUUUAUGUAUUCUCAAAUAAUUCCCCUAUGAUUGGGGGCUAAUAUCACCAGUCUUCUGGCUGUGCUCUUGUUUGUGAUAUACCGAUUCGGUCUGGGCUCUCCUUCU